AUGUCAGAAAAUGAAGUGGACCUCGAUUUCUUCAGGCGUAACUUUCAGCAGUAUCAACAACCACAACAACAGCAACAAAAACACAUUGAAAGCAACACAUCAAACAUAAUCAUUACGCUCGGAGUACAAAAUAAUUCUCAUCACGGUGAUGGCAAUUCAAACAGUUCCAAUGAAGAUGAUGAAAUUAUUUAUGGAAUUUCGAGUUGCCAGGCCUUCAAGUGGAAUUUCAUUAUGGAGGUGAUCUUUUGGUUCGUUUGUAUUGCUUCUCUCGGAUCACUGCUCUUAUUGUGUAAAUGGAUUAAUUGGUUAAAGUUGUAUUUGACUUGUGUGAAGAUUUCCACCACUUUUAAACAAGCUGAUUUUUUAUUGAUAGAGUCGAAUUGUAGUAUUCAUGGAAUGGAUGGAUCAUUUGGUAGAUAUACAGUGGUGCCUAUUUGUCGUGAUUUGGAACGAGAAUUUAAUGUGAAAUUUAUCAAAUUUAGAACUGUUUCUUUUGUGUAUUGUGAAGAGAGGGAUGGUUUCAUUCCGUGUCGAUUUAAUAUUGGAAAUAAUUUUAAUCAACUUCAUGAAAAGAUUGAUCAAUUUGUGGAGAAUCAAAAUCUCUCUAAAUUUCACAAGUUACUGAAUCAGAUUUUUGGAAAGAAUAUUAUUGAAACACCUGUGAAACCAAUCUUCUCCUUGUUGGUUGAUGAAGUUUUUCACCCAUUCUACAUUUUUCAAAUUGUCAGUGUUGUGAUUUGGUGCAUGAUUGAUUAUUGGAUUUAUGCUCUUGCUAUUGCAUUUAUUAGCACAUUGAGUUGUUUGAUUAAUCUUCAUUCUACAAGACAAUCAAUGGUAAAACUGAGAGAAAUGACUGGAAAUCAAGUUAUUCAAUUGAAUAGAGUCAAAUUAUCUCAGGAUCAAGCCAUCUCUCAACCCAAUUCAAUUCACAAGUAUCACAUUGAUAAGAGGGAACGUGUCUCGUCGAGUGAGUUGAUUCCUGGUGACUUUGUAGAGAUUGAAAAUGGAAUGAAUGUUCCUUGUGAUAUGAUUCUAAUGAGCGGGCAGGUCAUUGUCAAUGAAUCCAUCAUGACUGGUGAAAGUACACCUGUUAAAAAGAUGCACAUUCCAAACAAGUCGAAUCAUUUUCAUCAACAUGGCGAGAUUUCUAAUAUUUUCGAGGGACAUACACUCUAUGCAGGCACUAAUGUCAUCAUGAUUAAGCAUCAAGUGAUUGGUAUGGUUAUUAAUACAGGAUUUCAAACUAUGAAAGGAAAAUUAAUUAUUCCAAUCAUUUAUUCCAAGCCAAGCAAUUUCCAAUUAUAUAGAGAUUCAUUCAAGUAUAUGAUUAUCAUGUUUUUCUUUGGAUGUGCAGGGGUUGCUGGAACUUUUAUCAAUUUGUACAAUAUUCACGUGCCAAUUCCUAGAAUAUUUUUGGAAUGUUUCGUCUUGAUGACUAUUGUGAUUCCUCCAGCUCUUCCAAUUGCAAUUGCCACCACUUUGUCCUUUGCAAUUUAUAGAUUGAGAUUUUGGAAUAUAUUUUGCAUUGCGCCUCAAAGAAUCAGCUUGUCAGGUAUUGUGAAAAAGUUAGUUUUUGACAAGACCAAUACCUUGACUUGUGACCACCUUGAACUACAUCAUGUGAUACAGAGUAAUCAUUUGGAUACCAACUCAGGUGAACUGUUAGAAAAUCCAAACUCACCUGUUGGUGAUAUAAUGCAUUGGGCAAUGUCAACUUGCCAUGAAUUGACACUACUUCAAAAUGGUCAAUUAGUUGGUGAUCCACUCGAUAUCAAAAUAUUUGAAGCCACCCCUUUUAAAUUCAUUGAAGAUCACCCAACAAGUGGACAUUCACAAGUUCAAUCUGAAAAUGAGGAAACUAGUUUUGAAAUUCUCAAAAUUUUCCCUUUCAAAUCUUCACUCCAAAGAAUGUCAGUCAUUGUGAAACAUCAAAGUGGAAAGAUUUUCUGUUUUACAAAAGGAUCAGGUGAAAUGAUCAAACAGCUAUGCGAUAAUUCACAAAGUGUUCCAUUCGAUUUCUAUCAAACUCUGUAUAGUAAUUCACAUAAGGGAUAUAGAGUAAUUGGGGUUGCUUUUAGAGAAUUAUUUAUUGAUGAUUUGGAAAUGAUUCAAACAAUAGAUAGAAAUCAAGUGGAAUGUGAUUUAAAAUUUAUUGGCUUAAUAUGUUUGGAAAAUAAGCUCAAAAAGGAAACUCCACAAGUCAUCAAAAAGUUAUUGAAAUGCAAUCUAGAUGUUGUGAUAGCCUCUGGAGAUAAUCCAUUCACAGUGACCAGUGUUGCAAGACAAAUUGGAUUAAUGACGAGUGAAAAAAUUUACCUUGGCGAAUUGGAUUUGUCAAGAACGAAUGAAAAUUGGAUGAAUAGUUUAGUUUGGAGAAAUGUAGAUUCUGAAAAGGACAUAAUUACCACUGAACAAUUAAUUGAGGAAUCACAUUUAUAUGCCAAUUUGGUAGAAUUCGCCCUGACUGGACCAGUUUUCAAUUAUAUUUUACAACAUGCCUCUGAUUGCACAAUCUCUAUCAAUAACCAAUUGGAAUUAUCUUUCAUCAAGUUUAUUCUAAUGAAUUGUAAAAUCUAUAGUCGAUUCUCUCCCCAGGACAAGAUGAAAUUAGUGGAAAUUUUACAAAACGAUUUGAAAUACUCGUGUCUCAUGUGUGGAGAUGGUCAAAAUGAUAUCAAAGCUCUCAAACUAGCUCAUGUUGGUGUUUCUCUGAGCAGUGAUCAAGAGGCAUCUCUUGCUGCACCGUUCACAAGUCUGAAACCUUCCAUUGAGUGCGUUCUUUCAGUACUCAGAGAGGGAAGAUGUGCUCUGUGGUCCUCAUUCCAAGUAUUCAAGUACAUGUCUCUCUACUGUCUGAUUCAAUUCUAUACUGUGGUGAUUCUAUUCCAGAAGAAUACGAAAAUGUCUGAUUUUCAAUAUCUGUUUGUGGACUUGUUUAUUGCAUUGCCAACUCUCUUGCUCAUGACUAGGACCAAGUCAACGAAUCAGUUGAAGAGAAAAAAACCACCCACCACACUAUUCUCUAAGCAAGUACUCUUGAGUUGGUUUUCUCAGAUAUUUCUCAGUUUUCUAACAAUUUUACUGGUUUGGAUUGAAAUUCAUUCAGGAAAGUUUAAUUGGAUUACUCUAUUGGACCAUCCGAGUGAGGAUGUGACUCAGAAUUAUCUGAGCUAUGAAUCAACAAUCAUGUUUUUCAUGUCCACAUUGUGUACAAUUAAUUGUUGCAUCAGUUUUAGUAUCAGCAAACCUUAUAAGAAAUCGUUGUGGAGUUGUAAUAUUAUGUACAUUUGCUGUUUGGUUGCAAUUUACUUGUACACAUGUUAUGUUAUUCUAAUUCCAGCCCAAGUGUGGAAAUCCAUAUUUUUACUAGUGAACAUGCCAAUGUUUUACAAGAUUCGAAUACUAAUUUAUGGAAUGAUUCAUUUAAUCAUUAGUUAUGGAAUUGAGUAUAUUCUUGUGGCUGAUUCUUUCCUCAAGAUUUUGAAAAAGUUAAAUCUUGUUAACAUUCUCAAAGUUGUGAAGAGUUUUGGAUUGGAAAAUAAUGUAACCAUUAAUGGAUGGAUUAAAUAUCUCAAUUCUAGGGAGAAACCAUAUAGACAGUAUAGAAAAUUAUUCAAAAGGGAAUGAAUUAAGAUAAUUGCAAAUAGAUAACAGGAAUUAAUCUCCUUUAUUUUCACUUAUACAAACUUACAAUUAUUCAAAGGGAAUAAAAAGAUAAUAAUAAAAGGUUUGAUUGAGGC